UUUUCCGGAAACCAAACAAAAGCCAAUCAUCAUCCAGAUAACACCAACAAAAUCCAAACUUCCAUGGCCGCCACCAACCUCUCAUUCCCUCACUUCUCUCUUCCAUGUCACCACCACCACCACCACCACCACCACCACCCCAACUUCUUCACUCUUCCGACUCGGGCCCGACCCGGCCCGAGAACCCAGGCUCUGGGCCAUGACAUGAUUGGAGACUUUGGGGCCAGAGACCCGUACCCGGCAGAGAUAGCCAGUCAGUUUGGAGACAAAGUACUGGGCUUCCAGAACACAGAGCACAAGAUCCUCAUCCCAACUGUGUCUGCUUCCUCUCUAGCCCAGCAAGAGUGCACCCCUGUCUCUCCUCUCCAGGCUCCUAUGCUUGAAGAGGACGCGCAACAGCUCCUCAGGAAGGUUCUUGGGUGGAGAUUGAUAGUUGGAGAAGACGGGCUCAAACUACGGUGCUUGUGGAAAUUGAGAGAUUACCAAUGUGGGGUUGAACUCAUCAAUAGGGUUUAUAAGGUUGUGGAAGCUGCAGGGCAUUUCCCAAAUCUUCACUUGGAGCAACCCAAUCAAGUUAGAGCAGAGCUAUGGACAUCUUCCGUUGGAGGAUUGACUAUGAAUGAUUUCAUUGUAGCUGCUAAAAUAGAUGCGAUCAAAACAUCAGAUCUCGUGCCCGUGAGAAGAGCUUGGGCCUAGUUGAAGCAUUGUGUAAUAUGGAUUUUGUCAUUAACACAAAGACUUGAGAGUUUUUGUACAAGUGUUAAAAGAGAUUGUUUAUUUUUCUUUUGUGCUAAUGGAUAGUUUCUUUGUUGAUCAUAUAACUCCCUUCAUCUUUGCAGUUCAA